AUGAAUGUAGUCCAUGGCAUCGACAUCACUCCGCUCGAAGGGUGGAUGACAAAGUACAAGAGCAAGGGCAAGUUCUUUGGAACGAGCAACAAGCGAUGGUUCAAGGUGAAUGUGGCGACAGACGACAACGCAAGUCACAUCCAACGGCUGACGUUGAGUUACUUUAAAUCCAAGAAAGCGACCGAAGUCCGUGGGUGGAUCUACCUCGAAGAUGUGACAGAAAUCAGCAACAAAGCCGAUGUCAUUGAGAUCGUGUCGCCCACGCGCACACUGCGUCUUAAGGGCGAGACGGUCGCGGAGCAUCGCAUGUGGCUCGAGAGUUUGCGGCAGCUGUGCUUCCCCCAACAGCCGUCGCCGCCGCGCGAGAGCGCCAAACAAAGUACAUGA